AUGGCAUAUACGGAUGAUGCUGUGCUGGCGAAGCUGUCUGCCCUCAAUGAGACGCAGGAAAGCAUCGUUACCGUCGCCCAAUGGGUAAUGUUUCACAGGAGACACGCAGAUCGCACGGCGCAACUAUGGCUCUCACGUCUCAAAGACUCGGGGAGUAAUAAGAGAUUGAACCUGAUUUACCUUGCCAACGAGGUAGCGCAGCAAUCGAAGGCUCGUAAGAAGGAUGACUUUUUAAUCGCCUUUUCUCCCGUCAUCGCCGAAGCUACUGCAUCCGCAUAUAAGGGUGCCACAAGUGACGUCCAAUUGAAAAUACGGAGGGUGGUGGAGGUUUGGAGGCAGCGGCAGGUUUUUGAAAUACCGAUUCAGGAUGCAGUUGAGGCCAGAAUUGAAGAAAUCGACAAGAGUAAAACGUCUGGGAAACGAGGAGGAGGCUCCAUCUUUUCUUCCAAUACUCCAAGUUCUGUCCCAAGUGACCUCGUUCCUUUGGUGGAACCCCAACAAACAAUCACGAAACUCGUUCUCUCGACCAGAACCUCUACGAACGCUGCGAGCCAAGACUACGAUAAGUUGAUGGGCCCAUCCGCGAAUCCUCCAACAGCGCCUGUAUAUGCAGCCCGACUUAAUGGUCUUCUCAAGACCCUUGCAAACGCGGAAGGGGCCGUGGCGGAGAGUAUCAAGGCACGAAAAUUGCUGAUUGAAGGCUUGGAGAAGAUGCUCGGUUCUAAUCGCGAAGCCCUCACAGCCGAGGAGAAGCAACUUGAGGAGCUAGCCGGUCGAAAGAAAGAGACGGAUGCCAAAAAGAAAAGCGUUGAAGACAAUAUUAUGCGUGAUAUUGCCUCCAAUAGCAAUCCUGGAACACCUAAUGGACCUCCGGAAGGAUCUCCUGGUGCCAGCCGCAAUUCCACCACGCCGGCCCCAGAACCAGACCGCCCUGAAGUUGAGGCCUUGACUCCACCGGACUUCCCACGGCCGCCGAGCACUGAACCUAUUCCUGAGUUUGAUCUUGACUAUACCAAUAGCUCGGCCAGUGCCGCAAAUUCUGCCCAUUCAAUCUCAAUUGCUGAGCGAACGAUUACGCAGGCUCCUUCUGCUGGAUCUGACUUACUGUCUAGUUUGGCAACUUCAUACGGCCGGCCAACCCCAGCAGCAAGUGGGGGGACUGUUAAGAAGCGGAAGCUGAACGAUGAAUUUCCUGAUCUAGGAGGUGAUGCUAUGGAUGGCCUCGAUGCUGACGUUGCCGAGAUGUUGGCACAGGAUGGCAGGAAUGUCAACUAA